UACUUACGUUAUGCCACGUUGAUGGAGACCAGUGGGGACGUGGAAGUCCGUCUGCAGUACGCAACCGGUACCCGGUAGACUUGUGUUCGUGUUUUUUCCUCAACAUUUAGUCUUUAAAGAAGAGCCGAAGAGGGAAUUGUGUCCAGUGUUUUUGUUUGCUUAAUGUGUACGUUCAUGUAAGAGGGAGCAAACAAUACAAGAAUGAAACUCAAAGAGAUCAGCCGCACAGCCAUCCAGAGCUGGAGUCCUGCUCAGCACCAUCCUAUCUACCUGGCUACAGGAACAUCAGCCCAGCAGCUGGAUGCCUCCUUCAGCACCAAUGCUUCCUUGGAGUUUUUCGAGCUGGACUUGGCUGAUCCGUCUAUGGAAAUGAAGUCAUGUGGCAGCUUCUCAUCUACUCACAGAUAUAACAAACUGGUGUGGGGUCCCUACGGAAUGGAUGACACCAGUCACCCGUCUGGUGUCCUAAUCGCAGGAGGCGAUAAUGGCAACGUCAUCCUGUACGACCCAGCAAAGAUCAUGGCCGGGGAGAGUGACGUGAUCAUUGCUGAGAGUGACAAACACACGGGGCCAGUGAGGGCUCUGGACGUCAACCCGUUCCAAACAAACCUUUUUGCAUCAGGUGGAAAUGAGUCUGAAAUCUAUAUCUGGGACAUGAAUAACUUUGGUUCUCCCAUGACACCUGGACCUAAAACUCAGCCUCUGGAGGACAUCGGCUGUGUGUCGUGGAACAGACAGGUCCAACACAUCCUUGCCUCUGCCAGUCCGAGUGGCCGAGCUUCAGUGUGGGACCUACGCAAGAAUGACCUCAUUAUUAAAGUCAGCGACCACAGCAACAGAAUGCACUGCUCCGGACUGGCCUGGAACCCAGAAGUGGCCACUCAGCUGGUCGUGUCCUCGGAGGAUGAUCGGAUGCCAGUCAUCCAGAUGUGGGACUUACGUUUCGCUACCUCUCCUCUCAAGAUUUUCGAGAAUCACACAAGGGGUGUGCUCGCCAUCUCUUGGAGCUUGGCUGAUCCUGAGCUGCUCCUGAGCUGUGGGAAGGACAGCAGGAUCCUGUGCUGGAAUCCAAACACAGCAGAGGUGCUGUACGAGUUGCCCACCAGCAGCCAGUGGUGCUUUGACAUCCAGUGGUGUCCCAGGAACCCUGCAGUGCUGUCGGCCGCAAGCUUCGACGGACACAUCGGCAUCUAUUCCAUCAUGGGGGGCAGCAAAGAGUCGCAGAGUCAGAGGCAUGCUGACCAGAUUAGUACCUCGUUUGGGAACAUGGAUCCUUUUGGGACAGGACAAACGUUGCCCCCGCUUCAGCUGCCUCAGUCCACUGCCCCUCCAGCUGCAGUAAACCCCUUGAAGAAGCCACCCAAGUGGAUCCGCAGACCUGUCGGAGCCUCAUUUGCUUUUGGUGGGAAGCUGGUAUCCUUGGAGAACUCAAAGCCUAACGCUCAACAACUCCAGCAGCCCACUUCACACGUUGUACAUGUCAGUCAGGUCAUCACAGAAACGGCGUUUUUGAAGCGCUCCGAUCAGCUGCAGGCCACUCUGAGCUCAGGCAGCUUUGUGGAUUUCUGCCAAGAAAAGAUCAGCACUGCGGAAAACGAGUUUGAAAAGACUAUAUGGUCGUUCCUCAAGGCUAAUUUUGAGGGCGAUAUCCGCAGCAAGUUUUUGGAACUUCUGGGAUACAACAAAGAGGAGUUGGCCUUAAAGAUUUCGGCAGCACUAGAAGAAAAACCUGCUGAUCCCCCGAAGCUGGAGGCACCUGCUCCGGUCAACCCGCAACCAUUACCAAACCUCAGCUUCUUGCCCCCUGUGGACACUCCUGAGGCAGCGUUUGACAUGAUCGCUGCUGCAAACCUUCAGCCGGCUGCCACACUGGAUUCCACUCCCAAAUCAGAGAGUGAGAAAUCAGAAGCUGAAGAUCUAGAGGACGAUCUUCUAAAUAGUGAGCCAGAAGAAAUUGUAGAUCAGUCUCUUCCUGAGGAGGGGAAGGAGGGGAAGGAAGAAGAAGAGGAGAUCCUAUUAGAGGAGGAGGAGGUCCCAUUGGAAGAGGAGAUGGCACCACCGGUGGAGGAGGAGGAGGAGGAGAAGGCGGCCAUUCCAGCUUCAACCUUGUCUCCAUCUCAGGAGGCCACUCAAGCCCCAGCUCCAGCUGCUUCUGAAGGAGUCAGCCUCGGUGUCAGUCAAGAUGUGGACGGGCUGAUUAUGCAGGCUCUGCUAACGGGAGACUUCGAAGGAGCUGUGGACCUCUGUCUCCAUGACAACAGGAUGGCGGACAGCAUCAUCCUGGCUGUCGCUGGAGGAGCCGAGCUCUUGGAGAAAACCCAGAAGAAGUAUUUUACAAAAACACACAGCAAGAUAACUAAGCUGAUCAGUGCAGUGGUGAUGAAAGAUUGGCAUGACAUCCUGAAGACAUGCGACCUGGAGAACUGGAAGGAGGCUCUGGCUGCUGUCAUGACCUACGCUAAGCCGGAGGAGUUCUCUACCCUCUGUGAUCUUCUCGGGGGCAGACUGGAAACAGCAGAGGUCGCUCAGCUGCAAGCCCAGGCCUGUCUGUGUUACAUAUGUGCUGGCAACGUAGAGAAACUGGUUUCUUGUUGGACCAAAGCUCAGAACGGACACUGCCCACUGUCCCUCCAGGACCUGGUGGAGAAAGUGGUGGUGCUGCGUCAUGCAGUAGAGCAGACUCAGCGUGCAGGUCCCACUGCUGUUGGCAUCCUACUGGCUGAGAGGAUGAGCCAGUAUGCCAAUCUGCUGGCUUCUCAGGGCAGCCUGUCCACUGCCAUCACCUACCUGCCUGACAAUACCAACCAGGUUGCCGUACAGCAGCUCCGUGACCGUCUCAGUCGUGCUCUGGGACUGCAGGCGGCAGCUCCCACAGCUCCUGUACAAACCCAGAGAGUUCACACUCGGCUCCCGGCUCCUCGAGCUCAACCCAGCUCUGCGCUGCCCCGCCAUCCCUUCACCCCGCUCCAGCCUGCCAUGGUGCCGCAGCCCACUGCAGCAGCUCCAGUGCCCAUGCUCACAACUGCCUCUGCACCUGCCCAGCCGCACUUUUACCAGCCCGCCAGGGUUGCUUCCACUGUCACCUCCUGGAGUAACCAAGCUCCCACAGCUCUCCCCAAUGUCCCUCCUACUCCUCUUCAAGUAGGCAACGCCUCAGACCAGCAGGUAGAGCCGUCAAACUCCAUGUACGGGAUGCCAGCCUCUGGCGCAGCUGCUGGUCCUCCAGCCUCCUCCACUCCUGCGUACAUGUACUCCCAUCAGUACCAGCCCUACCCCCAGGUCAACCAGUACCCACCUGGAGCUGGGGGGGCAUCCAUCUAUCAGCCACUGCCCUACCCCUCCUCUCUUUCUGCAGAGCCCUCCUCCCCUCCUCACCCCCCCGGCUUCCUGUCUCAGUACACUCAGUCAGUCCCCUCUCAGCCAGUGCCUCUAUUCUAUCCUGGACAGACUCCCAUCAGCCACUGCCUGUCCUCAUCUCCACCCUCCCAUCCUCCUUUCUUUCCCUCUGCUGCCUCUUCUGCCUCCUCCUUCUCUGCUCCUCCAUCCUCCGGAGCAUCUUUCCAGCAUGGUGGGCCAGGAUCUCCUGUGUCGUACAUGCCUCCUCCUCCACCGACUGGAGUCUCAGGACCUCAAAAUGGCUGGAAUGACCCUCCAGCUCUGAACAGGGCACCAAAGAAAAAGCAGGUUCUUGAGAACUACACUCCGCCUACACCUAUCACGGCUCCCAUCAUGCCUCAGCCAGGCUCUGACCCUCAGGUGCAGUCUAUGCCCACUGCAGGUCCUCAGGCUGUGGUCCAGGGACAACAUGGUGCCCAGAUCCCCUACUCUGGUCUGCAACAGCAACAGCAGCAGCAGCAGCAGCAGCAGCAGUUCCCCCCACCAUCCAUGAACCCCGCAAUGCCCAAGACCAGUACGGAGGGGGCGCCAGGGGCACCAACUGGAGAUGUCAUACAGCCUCUGCAGUCCAUCCCUGCUGAGAAGAUCAUGAAGAAGCCGAUCCCUGAUGAGCACAUGGUCCUGAAGACCACGUUUGAGGGGCUCAUCCAGAAGUGUUUGGCUGUAGCCAAGGACCCUCAAACUAGGAGGAAACUUGAUGAGGCAAACAAACGUUUGGAAGCGCUUUAUGACAAACUCAGAGAGCAGACGCUCUCUCCAGCCAUCGUAGGAGGACUGCACAACAUAGCCAGGACCAUCGAGUCCCGAUCCUACACCGAGGGCCUCAACAUCCAUACCCAUAUAGUCAGUAACAGCAACUUCAGCGAGACAUCAGCGUUUAUGCCCGUACUCAAGGUGGUGCUGACACAGGCCAACAAACUCGGGGUCUGAUCUGGCCAAAAAAAAAAAGUACAUCCCACCUUCAAACUCCUCAAGAGUGGAGAGUGACCAGUCAGGGGAUCGACCGGCGUUUUAAAUUGUUAGUCGCUUGAUUCGCAGGGAGUUCCUUUAGACUCGAAUUGCAAAUGAUGAAGAAUUCAAAGACGUAUGGAAAAAACUACUGUAAAAUUCUUCUGUGUGCCAUUCACAUUUUUCUCACACAACAACACAAGUCAUGUUACAAAUCGGUCGCACGCAGCGGAGCAAAAACAGAGCCCGGUGCAAAAUGGAUGCACGCAACAGUUUAAGGGCUAGAGUUUUAUUAAAGGACCACCGUGAUCUGCCAGAAAUCCACACUAAAUAUUAGUUUUUGAUUCACACAUGUUGUCAUAAUGUUUUCAAAUGUAGAUGAAUAAUCAGUCUUGCCUUUGGUGAGCAAAAUGUAAGGAAUGCAACGUUAAAGCAUGUUUGGUCAUGGACACUAAUGUUGGAUACAAAGGAAUUUAAGGUAAAUUAGGAAAAGCAACAGGAGAUUCAGGAAUUUUUAAGGGCAUUUUAUCUACUCGUUUAAAAACCAAUGACAUUUUAGUCAAUUAAAAAUAUAAUAAUAAUUAUAUCCUGCCUUUAUUAGUUUGGCUUCAGCAGCAAACUGCAGUGCAGCAUGGUUUUGUGCACACGACAAAUCAUGAAUUAAAUAUUAGCUUGUUCCAUUUUUGUAGUCUUUUAAUAUUUGUGCAAUACAGUAAAGCUCCGAAACCCCUUUUUUAAUCUAUAAACAAGUCAUUUUUAAAAGUGCAAUCGCUCGCUUCAUGUUUUAUCAUGUAACCGUGUAAUGGUCGGCAUGCUUUUCGCAGUAGAUCUGCAAAACAGGAGAGAGGUGGAAUAGAGAAGCUUUUGUUUUUACUGCAGAACACAGAAAAUUGAUUAAAAGCAGGUCAUUACUUUAAAUUAGGGAUGGAUCAGUACCACGUUUUUUGUGUCUAAUACCAAUAUGAAAAUUGUCUUUUAAACAACUCGACUGUUAAUAACACAGUCGUGCUAAUGCAUUUACCAACCAUUUCAAAAACAUACUCGAAGUGUGUAACAAAUAUUUUGCUCCUUCCUUGCCAACAGCAUAAAAGUUAAUGGGCCAGUUAAUAAGAAUUAGUCACGUCUAAUACCUUCAUAUACCAGAUAGUCAUUAUUCUUAUGGCCCUGGUAUACUUCCGUGCAAAUGCCAUGUGUGUCACAUAUUGCGGACCCUGGUAUACUCUUGCAUCAGGUUCCUGUAGUAUCUGACUUCACCAUCGGGUGGCAGUACAAGUCUGGACACAGGGAAUAGGAAAUUCAUCAGCUGAAAGGUCCAUCGAGCAGGGGCUGGUUUCGAGGGUCACCAGGUUAGUGGCUCGGAUGAAUAUCCUCAACUUCAUCUGUUGUUAAAAUAUUUUUCUGCUUGGUGAGCGGGGCUUAAUACUCCACCUGCUGGUGGGGCAGAAAUUCAGUUCACGCAUGUGCUGUCCAUGCACGGUUACAAAAUCUGAGCUGAUUAAACUGCGUCAUUUGCAUGAUGCGGGUGGGGUCCGCGUGCACUGUGCAUGGAAGUAUACCAGGGCCUUAAUCUGCUAUAGUGAGCUUCUGCUUCAAAAUACAAAACACACACACUCUGGCUGGUUUGUCCAUUCAGGGCUGCUGUAGAAACAUGACGGUGCAAGUUUGCAGCUUCUGUAAAGCAAGGCUCUUUGAUAAAGUACAUAUAAAAGCGUUAUCUUAAGGCUAUGAAAACUUAAGACGGUACUUUGAUUAAUUUUUUUGCAUUCUGGUCACAUGAUGGUGGUGGCACACAUCUCUCCUUCAUAAUGUAGAGUCUAUGGAACAUCAGAUUCAACGUUUUGUCUUUUUGACCACCAGUAUCGGAUCGAUUCAUCCCUACUUUAAACCAUUCGUCUCCUUUAUAUGCAUUCAAAAUAACGUUAAUCGUUUUUAUGGACUUAAUCUGACAUUUGCUUGUACUCUAAUCCCGCAUCUAAUGACUUCCUGUCACCAUUGGUGUCACUACAUUCAACACAUUGGACCAAGAUUUUGUCAUUGUGUCCGAUGCAUCGAUGCAAAACAGGUGCAGUCCCACCUGUUGAGGACAUUCGAUGAUGUUUGUUUUACUUUUGCUGUCUUAUUUCUUUCCUCACAUCUAAUGUGUAAUCACAAGUCUAAGCAGAGUGCAAUGAACAUCUCCGCUUUUAAGGAAUUUUAAAAAAUAUGCAUGCUUCAACACGCUAAAAGUCGUCUUAAACGGCAUUGGAGGUAAUUAUCUGCUAAUUAAUUCAGGCCUCAGAAGGAAUCUAGAAACAGUCUUUGUGCUUGAUUUUCAUUCCGACGCCAAUGAGGGCUGCAGUCUGAGUGGUCAACCUCACUUUGUGUUGUUAAUAAAAGGAAACAAGUCUUUGUUUUAGACUGACUACAUGCAAUAUUUUCAAUAAAUAGUAUUUAUUUACAA